AUGGCGCUGGACUUGCAACCACCCAGCGAUCGCAAGCGGGUGAAGGUCUACGAACUCAAGGAUAAUGACUGGUUCGAUAGGGGAACCGGCUUUUGCACCGGCCGGAUCCAGGAUGACGAACCACGGAUAUUUGUCGAGUCGGAGGAUAAGCCCGUCCGCGUGCUCCUGGAAACCAAAAUUUCCAAGGAUGGCGGUUACCAGAAACAACAAGAGACCUUGAUCGUGUGGACAGAACCUAAUCAGACAGAUAUGGCUCUGAGUUUUCAGGAAGCAGAGGGCUGUGCGGUUAUUUGGAACUUCGUUAAUGCCGUUCAACAACAUCUACUCAACAUCGCCGCCGCUGAUGAUGCUUUAUCCGACGACCUCGAAGGCUUUCAGUCAAUCAUGCUACCCGCGCCCGAACUUGGAAAUCUCCCUGAGAUCGAUCAUAUGAUGAGAGCUGCCAGCAUAACCCAGGCCGGCCGGGACGCGCUAUCGAAAUGUGUUAUCCGAGAUGAAUACAUCACCAAGCUCCUACCCUUGGUCACUGUCGCCGAAGACCUCGAGAGUCUGAGCGAUCUUCACCGUUUGUGCAACAUUAUGAAGUCACUUAUUCUCCUCAAUGAUAACACCAUUAUCGAGACUGUCGUUACGGACCCCGUCAUUAUUGGGGUUGUCGGAGCAUUAGAAUAUGAUUCUGAAUUCCCCAACCAUAAAGCUAAUCAUCGCCAAUACCUUUCGGACCGAACUCGCUACAAGGAAGUCGUUCCGAUCAAAGAUCCCAUUAUCCGCCGCAAAAUUCGCCACACUUGGCGCCUGCAGUACCUGAAAGACGUCGUCCUAGCUCGCAUCCUGGACGACCCCACCUUUUCCGUCCUCAACUCGUUGAUUUUCUAUAACCAAGUCGAAAUUGUUAACCACAUCCAAUCCAACGCCCAGUUCCUGAAGGAACUGUUCUCAGUUUUUGAUCCGAGAAACACCAACGCAAAGCGCAAGGAAGAUGCGGUCCAAUUUCUGCACCAAUGCGCCGCAAUUGCGAAGAACCUGCAAGCUCCGGCGCGUGCCAAUCUUUUCGCCAACUUCAUCAACCAUGGACUCUUUGCUGUUAUUGCCUUCGCCAUCAAGCACCCAAACCCAGCUAUCCGCACCACAGGUAUUGAUAUCCUAGUCGCGCUCCUCGACCACGACCCAAUCAUGAUGCGCGGGUAUAUGCUUAAGGCUGUCAACGAGAAGAAAACCCCCCUUACCGAUACCCUCAUCGAUUUACUCCACACAGAAGCCGAUCUGGGUGUCAAGAAUCAGCUCGCGGACGCAGUCAAGGUCUUACUAGACCCGCAGGUGCCUAUGCAGGACGCGAUGGGUCGGGCUGGCCCCGAGCAUUACGCGAAAAUGCGCCCUAAUAUCUUGUCCGACGCCUUUGUUCAAAAUCACUUUGACGAGUCAUCCAAGAGGCUAUUUGCGCCUUUGAAGCGACUCGAGAGUCGUCCUACUAUUAAUGAUUUGGCCUUCCAGGAAGUAGCGCUGUACUCGCAUCUUGUGGAUAUUCUUACCUUUUUCGUCCGCCAACAUCUUUACCGCAGUCGUAAUGUCAUUCAGAACGAACACCUUGCUGCGCAUAUUACUCAAUUACUCAAGGUGCCUCAGAAGCACCUGAAACUCACUGCGUUGAAAUUUUUCCGAACCUUGCUUAGUCUUCAAGAUACCUUUUAUCAAGCUUUGAUGACACAUAAUGAUACCUUUGGGUUGAUUCUUGAUAUUGUUUACGAGACCAUGCCACGGGAUAACCUGCUCAAUUCAGCUUGCCUCGAACUUUUCGAAUUUAUUAAACGGGAGAAUAUUAAGCCGAUUGUCUUGCAUGUGGUUGGGAAAUACGGGGAUAAGUUGAGAAAUAUUACUUAUGUCGACACUUUCCAAGGAUUGAUCCUGCAUUACGAGCAGUUGCAGGGAUACGGCGGAGACGCAGAUUCCACCAUUUACUCCCAGGAAGAAGUGAGCCCCGUGCUCAAGAUGCAGCACAAUGGACGCUGGCAGGGCAUGAAAGACAUGGACCCCGCGGAAGAAGAGUACUUCAAUACUUCGGAUGACGAAGAAGAGUGGCAACAGGAUAACCAGCCUGCAACGCUCACUUCACAGAUACCGAACGGCUCAGUUUCUCCGGCUGUCAAGCCAUUGGUGGACUAUCCAGAUGACGACGAGGAAGAUAAUGAUGCUAUGGAUUUCAAACCAGAAUCCGAGACUGGGUCAAAACAGGGGCAGACGACGCCACAGCCGGAUGAUAUUUCGAAUGAGGAUGCGCCUGCCGAUCCAGCUGAGGAGCUACCUUCCACUCCGGUUUCGUUGGCUGUACAAACACCUCCCGAACGACUAUCAGAGAAGCGCCGGCGUGAGGAGGAGGAUGACGACGAACUGGUCAAACUCACGUUUGGGCCGAAACGGAGGAGCUCCACGAAUAGCGGUCCUGGAACUGCGGGUAUGCUCCGUAAGAGGCGCAGUGGGUCGAUUGGAUCGAUGACGUCGGAGAAGGGAGUACCUCAGGGGGUGAAUAUCACUGUUUCUACAGGGCCGAAGCGAAUUGCGAUCAACCUCAAUCCAUCAGUCAAAUCCCCGGUCGCUGCAAGUGGUCCUGAUACUGCCGAAUGUACGGGGAAUGAUGAGAACGAGAAACAGAGCGGCAAGAACAGUGGCGAAGGCGGAUGA